GAAAACCAAAUGCCAUAAAACAAAAAAGAAAAUGAAUCGCGCACAUGAACCAUUACUAUUUAAAAAGCGCGUCAAACCAUAGUCUUACAGAAUAACAUCAGCUAAACUCGCUGUUCGGAAUUACUUUUGCUAAAACCAAACUUAAAAUGUCUGAAAAACAGAGGAAGAAACACUCUCCCACUCAUCACGACAAUAAGAGUUCAGUGGACUACAUGUUCGAGGAGCCGAAUGAAGAGAUGUACAAGAAAGCGUUCAAGGCGUUCGACCGGGACGGGGACGGGAAGAUAGACGCCAGCGAGAUACAGGCAGUCGAGAAGGUACUGGGCCAGAACCCCUCCAACUCGGACGUGAAAAGAUUUAUCCGGAGGACAGACAGGGACUCGGACGGCGGAAUUAACUUCGAGGAGUUCAAAAAGAGCAUCAAGAGCACUUUGAGCAGCUCAACUAGUCACUCUUCUCAAAACUACUUCACGAAGCUGCUGUUUGCUUUCAAAUAUUUCGAUACGGACAAAGACGGUUUCCUGACUGUGGACGAACUCCGCCAGAUUUGUGCGGAGCUGGGCGAUGACCAAUUGCAGGAGGCGGAAGUGCACGCGUUCCUCCAGAUUGCAGACAAAGACAACAACCACAAACUGGAUGUGGGCGAAUUGAUAGCAGCGCUUGAACAGUACCAGUACACUUCAGCUGGAGGACAAAACUACAGCUAUUCAUCACAAUAGAAUAUUAUUAAAAAUGGGGGCGGGAAAUUAGACAGCAAGGAAAUUAGACGUUUUUAACAAAUGAAUUGGAAUUUAGACGAUAAUUGCUCUAACAAAGCUAGCAUUUUGGGCGAAAAGCAAAGGGCCAACAAAAUUUAUUGAUUAA